GUGCACGAUCUGGCAGGGGUGGGGGCAGCUAUGUGGGCGGUGGUGCGUCCUGCCGUCUAGACAGUCCGAUCCGGGCAGGGGGCGUGUGCGCUCGGCGCACCUGCGAGAUUACAGAGCCCCGGGCCGGCACGUGUGGGGAGUAUAGACACGUUCGCUGCGCCCCGCUUCUCGCUGCCUAGGGAAAGGGAGUGGGGCGGGUAAGUGCCGCGGCCCGGCUUGUGGGGAGGGGGCGGCGGCCAUGGAGCGAGUGAACGACGCUUCCUGCGGCCCGUCGGGCUGCUACACCUACCAGGUGAGCAGACACAGCACGGAGAUGCUGCACAACCUGAACCAGCAGCGCAAAAACGGCGGGCGCUUCUGCGACGUGCUCCUGCGGGUAGGCGACGAGAGCUUCCCAGCGCACCGCGCGGUGCUGGCCGCCUGCAGCGAGUACUUUGAGUCGGUGUUCAGCGCCCAGUUGGGCGACGGCGGAGCUGCGGACGGGGGCCCCACUGACGUGGGGGGCGCGGCGGCGGCCCCGGGCGGCGGGGCUGGGGGCAGCCGGGAGCUGGAGAUGCACACCAUCAGCUCCAAGGUGUUUGGGGACAUACUGGACUUCGCCUACACCUCCCGCAUCGUGGUUCGCCUGGAGAGCUUCCCUGAGCUUAUGACCGCCGCCAAGUUUCUGCUGAUGAGGUCGGUCAUUGAGAUCUGCCAGGAAGUCAUCAAACAGUCCAAUGUGCAGAUCCUGGUGCCCCCUGCCCGGGCCGACAUCAUGCUCUUUCGUCCCCCGGGGACCUCGGACUUGGGUUUCCCUUUGGACAUGACCAACGGGGCAGCCUUAGCCGCCAACAGCAAUGGCAUCGCAGGCAGCAUGCAGCCCGAGGAGGAGGCGGCGCGGGCAGCUGGUGCAGCCAUUGCGAGCCAGGCCUCCCUGCCUGUGUUACCUGGGGUGGACCGCUUGCCCAUGGUGGCCGGACCCCUGUCCCCCCAGCUACUGACCUCACCCUUCCCCAAUGUGGCAUCCAGUGCUCCUCCCCUGACUGGCAAGCGAGGCCGGGGCCGCCCAAGGAAGGCCAACCUGCUGGACUCAAUGUUCGGGUCCCCGGGGGGCCUAAGGGAGGCAGGCAUCCUUCCGUGCGGCCUGUGUGGGAAGGUGUUCACUGAUGCCAACCGGCUCCGGCAGCACGAGGCCCAGCAUGGUGUCACCAGCCUCCAGCUGGGCUACAUCGACCUUCCUCCUCCGAGGCUGGGUGAGAACGGGCUGCCCAUCUCUGAGGACCCCGACGGCCCUCGAAAGAGGAGCCGGACCAGGAAGCAGGUGGCAUGUGAGAUCUGCGGCAAGAUCUUCCGUGACGUGUACCAUCUCAACCGGCACAAGCUUUCCCACUCGGGGGAGAAGCCCUACUCCUGCCCCGUGUGCGGGCUGCGGUUCAAGAGGAAGGACCGCAUGUCCUACCACGUGCGCUCCCACGACGGGUCCGUGGGCAAGCCGUACACCUGCCAGAGCUGCGGGAAAGGCUUCUCCAGGCCUGAUCACUUGAACGGACAUAUCAAGCAGGUGCACACUUCUGAGCGGCCUCACAAGUGUCAGACCUGCAAUGCUUCUUUCGCCACCCGAGACCGCCUGCGCUCCCACCUGGCCUGUCAUGAAGACAAGGUGCCCUGCCAGGUAUGCGGGAAGUACUUGCGGGCAGCGUACAUGGCAGACCACCUGAAGAAGCACAGCGAGGGGCCCAGCAACUUCUGCAGUAUCUGUAACCGAGAAGGCCAGAAAUGCUCGCAUCAGGAUCCGAUUGAGAGCUCCGACUCCUACGGCGACCUCUCCGACGCCAGCGACCUGAAGACGCCCGAGAAGCAGAGCACCAACGGCUCCUUCUCCUGCGACAUGGCAGUCCCCAAAAACAAAAUGGAGUCUGACGGCGAGAAGAAGUACCCCUGCCCCGAGUGCGGGAGCUUCUUCCGCUCCAAGUCCUACUUGAACAAACACAUCCAGAAGGUGCACGUCCGCGCCCUCGGGGGCCCCCUGGGGGACCUGGGCCCCGCCCUCGGCUCGCCUUUCUCUCCCCAGCAGAACAUGUCUCUCCUCGAGUCCUUCGGGUUUCAGAUCGUUCAGUCUGCGUUCGCCUCGUCUCUGGUCGACCCCGAGGUCGACCAGCAGCCCCUGGGGCCCGAGGGCAAGUGAGGCAGACAGACGCUGCGUCCCUGCGGAGACAGCCGCUGGGGACGGCUGAGAAAUGCUGUGAAUGCGGAGGGAAGUGGUGUCUUUGGGUUCUGUAGCUGAGAAGAUUUUUAUUCGUUUUUAACUAGCCCCGCUCCAGCCCUGUCACCCCCACCCCCCACCCACCCCCCAGUGGUCUUUAGAAAUAGAUUCUCAUCUGAUCCUCGGCAGAAAUAACCUAUAAGACCCGGAAUGGGAUGAGGGCAGAAAACACUACACGCGGGCCUUCUGGGCGAGGCCAGGGCUGGUUUCUCCACCAGGCGGAAGCUGGAGCCCCUGGUGCUCGUCAGUUCUCAGUGGCCCCAGUCCCACACCCACACCUGGGACCUCGGGGAGUCCGGUCCCCUGCCCCCUUUCUCAUAUCCCUCCACAGAAGCCACAGUAGGGACUCUACCCAGUUACACAGGGCUGACGCCCAACUGUUUUUAAGGAAGCUGGAAGCCCACAGCAGCGUCCCGUGGACCGUGGGGGCAGUGCCCUCUGAGAGCCCCCCUGAGCUUGACCUGUGACCUGGAGGGCCCCCACCCUUUCUCUGAGCCCUACCUGAAGGCUAGCAUUCUGCUACUAGGACAAGCUUAGCAAUUGAGGACACUCCAACCCCAAAUUCCAGGUCUUCUGUGAUUUUUUUAACCAUUCAACUUGCUGUUGGGUUUUAAUUCUCUAAUUAUUAUAUUAUUAUUAUUAUUUUUUAGGACCAGUCGUAGUGAAUUGCUACUGAAAGCUAUCCCAGGUGAUACAGAGCUCUUUGUAAACCGCAGUCACACGUUAGGGUUAGGAUUAAAACUUUGUUUAGGUGUACCAUAAUUAACUUGGCUAGUUGAUUGUUUGAAGUCUAUGGAAGAAAUAGUUUUAUGCAAAAUUUUAAAAAUGCCAGUCUGGUCAGGGCGGGCGGGGCUCUCUGUGCUGUUGGAGGGAGGGGGAGCCAGCGAGGGUGGGC